GCUGUUUCCUGUCUACAGUGUCUGUGUUUUGUAGAUAAAUGUGAGGAUUUUCUCUAAAUCCCUCUUCUGUUUGCUAAAUCUCACUGUCACUGCUAAAUUCAGAGCAGAUAGAGCCUGCGCAAUGGAAUAAAGUCCUCAAUAUUGAAAUGUGACAUUGCUCUCAACAUCUCCCAUCUCUCUGGAUUUCUUUUUUCUCAUUAUUACUGCUAACCAAUUCAUUUCCAGACUUUGCACUUAAGAAGCAAUGGAAAAAAUCAACAGUCUUUCAACACAAUUAUUUAAGUGCUGCUUUUGUGAUUUCUUGAAGGUGAAGAUGCACACUGUGUCCUACAUCCAUCUCUUCUACCUUGCCCUGUGUUUGCUAACCUUAACCAGCUCUGCUACGGCUGGGUCAGAGACGCUCUGUGGUGCCGAGCUGGUGGAUGCUCUUCAAUUCGUAUGUGGAGACAGAGGUUUCUAUUUCAAUGAGAACAUGAGAGUUAACAGAAGACUGCAGAAAAUCACAGACAAGAUAUUGCUACCUACAACCAAUAGAGGUAAGCCCACGGGGUAUGGAUCCAGCAGUCGGCGUUUGCACCACACGGGAAUAGUGGACGAAUGCUGCUUCAGGAGCUGCGACUUGAGGAGGCUGGAGAUGUACUGUGCCCCCAUCAAACCGGCCAAGUCAGCACGUUCGGUGCGUGCCCAGCGCCACACUGAUAUGCCAAAAGCACAAAAGGAAGUACAUUUGAAGAACGCAAGUAGAGGGAGUGCAGGAAACAGGAGCUACAGAAUGUAAGAAAUACCAUCCAGAGGAGUGAAGGAUGAAUGUGCCACCUGCAGGAUACUUUGCUGUAAAUAAGUUAUUUGUUAAACAUUGGAAGACUUAAAAACAAAACAUAGUUUUAAUAAGCUUGAUAAAAUCUCAAAUAAUGGGCAUUCUCCCAAUGAACAAUGCAACUAAACAUUCCAAUAUUAAGUCUUUAGUACACAUUGUCGCCAACCAACUCGCUGCUAAAAUGCUGGAGUUGGUAUAUAGCUAUUUGAGCUUUAAACUGUCUUCAAUGUCCUGCACAAAAUCUUAGUCCUGUGCCCUUCAAAAGCCCAGAUACGCAUGGGCCUUUGAUGGACCCAAUUGCACUAAAUUAAUCUAUGAACCCGGCUGCUGGAGACAUUCACCAGCCUUGUCUAAGUGGUUUUUUUUUUAUUUGCACUUCUUUACAAGCCACAGCCUGUUUGUUUUACAGUGUCUGAUAAGAUUGUUUGUCUACCCCAUUUAUAUUUGCACAGUUUGACAUUCUCAGUAGCAGCAGCAGCAGUAAAGUAACUAACAUUGUUUAACAUACAUGAAUUCCAUCUGUGGCAUUUUGACCAAAUAUGGGUUGGAGACAUUUAUUUUUAGAGACAAAGCUUUAUUUUUCCACAUCUUGCUAAGGUGCAAGUAGUCGCAACUUGUGAAGCAAAUAAUUUUUAGAAGCAGUUAAAGCAUAUGUAGGCUCUUAAACCCUCAAUGAUUCCUUCAGGUUACAAAAUGUUUUGCAACCUUAUAAGUAACCUUUUUCCAUGUAAAGCCGUAUGUAAAAUUUAGCAUAUCAACUAUACAGAUAUAUCAAGCAGUAUGUAAAACUCUGUUUUAUAGUACAAUGGUGCUAUUUUGUAGUUUGUUUUAUGAGAGGGUCUGGCCAAAACCGUACCAGGUUCAAGCAAAGAAAAGAUUAUACUGUACGCCCAGCCAAAGAUGACACAAAGGGAAGUACAUUUUAAAAUACAAAUGUCAGUUUGGAAAGAUGAGAAGUUCCAUGUUUCAAUUUCCAGUCCUCUGAAAACAACCUGAAAAUAAAAAGUGCAGUUGCUUUCUUCUUGAGAUUUGGGUCUGAGAAUCUAGAGAGGAACCAGUCUAGUGGUGAGAGCAGAGGUGUAAGAAUCAGGAUUCAAUUCUGGCUCUGAAAAUUGUUCUUUGUUCUGCCACUGACUCCCCACUGUGUGACUGUGGGCAAGUCACUUCACCUCUCUAAGCCUCAGUUUUCCCAUCUGUAAAAUGGGAACACAUCAUUCACGACAUCUACCUACCUCACAGGGGUGGGGUGAGAAUUGAUAAAAUAAUGGGUCAGAUUCUUAUCCUACGAUGUUUCCUGAGAGAUGUUGGAAAGCCUUUGAGAUACUGGGCUAAAGAAACUUUAAGUAGGAAGUAGUAUUACUAUUACUGUACGAUGCAUUAACAGAUUACUCAAACACAGAAUCUAUGUCCAGAUUAUCCCAAGAAUAGUUUAAAAGCUUUUCAAAGCAAUUUGGAUUAACGUUUAAUGAUCACAGAAUUGAUUUCUGCCCACAGGUUUAAAAUACUAUAUAUACAAAUAUAUAUAUAUAUGUACAUACAUAUAUUCUUAUGAAUGCAGAGAGAGAGAAUCAAAGCCACUUUAUCAGUGAAAAGGGAGCAAAUGCUCCAUUUCUGAGCAUACAUUGACCCUUUCAGGCAUCAACAUCCAUUUAGUAAAUAUCUCUCCAAGGCAUUAAAUUGUACCUUCUCCUUUUUAAAAGACUUAGAAGCAUCCCCAUCUUACUGGCAGGGUGAGGUCUACUGAUUUAACACACAACAAUUUAAAAUAAUUAAACAAUGUCUAAUUAAGAGUCACAAUAUUCUCCAUAUCUAAUACCUACUUUGUCUAGGGCUGCAUUCUUUUUAUUUUCAUCAGUGAAUGACAUCUGGUAGCAAAUACACUACAAAACUCCCUCCUCCAGACCAGAAAGUCUUGAACCAUUGAAGCUAAGCUGCAGGGUGCACUAACAGGUCUGCCCUAUAGAAAUAGUAAAAGGGAUUCAGAAAUCCCUUCAAAAAUCAGGGACAAUAAUGUCAAUCAAAAAAUCCAAGAUAAAGCCUCUUUAGUUUACUAGUUGUAUAUGAGAUUUUGCUCCUGGGGCACAUUGAUUUUUGUGCCUGGUGACAUUACAUGGCUGAGGUGGAUCAGCGGCGGGGGCAAAUCUUAUCCCAAAAGUAUAGGAAUGGGGAAGUAGGUGGGGGGGAGAUCUAGACCUCUCUCAUCCUUUCCAGGAGUGGAGAUACAAGAAGCUCUGGCAAAGAAAGUCCCUGUUUUGAGAUCUGAGCUUCCAUCUCAUGGCAACUGGGCAAAAGAGCUACCCUACCUCUCCAUUUUUUUUUUCUAAACCCUGAGAACACUUUCUGGUGGACAAUGUGGCAAUUUAUCCCCAAGCUUGGAAAUGUAACCAGGUGCAACUCAGGAGAGUUAAUUGAGUUUCUUCAGUUGCCCCUUGCUAAAUUCAAUCGCAGGUCUUGUUGGCAAAAACUAACAACUUGGGGAUCUUGACUCUAUUCAGGUGACUUGCAUGUGGUGAAAGAAAACAUAGUUUUGAAUUUGAGAAUUUGUUUGGUAGGUGGUACAUUACAAACAAAUCAGAGAAACUGCUGCUACCCCUCAGAGUCCCUGGUCCCGUUCCUUGCCCUCUUGCUCUUUUUAGAGCACUUUAAAGUGGCUGGCUUUGAAUCUGCGUGAUUAGAGUCUAAGAGAGUGAGCUGGCCAUGGGGCAGUGUCUGACCACCCUUACCAAGAUUUAGGUAGUGACAGAGAGGAAGAAGUGGGAGAAUCUCAAAAAGGAAAACAUCUAAGAAUUUAAUCUUCCUAAUAGGUGAUACUUAGAAAACGUUUACAUGAGAGGCAUAUAUCGGCCCAAGAGAGUCUGCCAUUAUUCAGGUCUUUUAAUCCCUCCAUUCUACCUACACAGAAGACUGUGUUUAGAGGCAGUUGCCUCAAAUCUUUUCUUCUUUUGUAACACUAUGCUCCCUCUUGAUUAAACUCUCUGGAGCACAUACUAUGGGAAAGAGUGGGCUGAUGAGUAAAAUGUACUCUGAAUUCCCACUGGCUUGGUCAUUUCUCUGACCAAGGGAAGUUGUCUGAAUUCUCAAACGCACUGGAGAAAAGCACCGUAAAUAGGCAGGCAGAAGAAGGGUAACCGUAUUUGGAAAUUUUUAUUCUUAAAUGAAAAAUAUCCAAUAAAUUUAGGCUUUAAAAUGUUCAUUCCACCACUCAGCUACCAGUGGACCGAUUACCACAACAGCUGAAAAAUUAUUCCCUGGAUGCGUUACAUCUAGACCAUUACAUGACUUAAAAUGGAGUUGGUUGUCAUAUAGGCAGAUUUCUCAACUGAUCCUAAGCCAUAAAAAGAUACCAUCUUCAUUUCACUAAACCAAGGAUAAUCUGUUUUCUGGAAGCAUUGACAGAAGAAGAGGAGGAGGGGGGAAGAACAAAGUAAAGAAUGUUCUAUGCCAUUCUAAUAGCUCAGAAUGUUUUUAAUUAAAAAAGUCAACACAUAAUAUAUAUUUUAUUUCUGCUAGCAAAUGGGUAGGAUGAUAGAGAGCAGAAAAUAUGUUAGAGUAGAUGUGGACCAAUAAACGAGGUCUCUCAACCUGAGAGCACUCUUUUUAUUUGAAUCUUAAUUCCCUUGCUGCUUUCUUAAAUAGCUCAAACUUUUUUCAGAACAUACAUGACAAGAGAAUAUAAAUAAUACCGUUAUUGGAUCAGCCCAGUGAACUCUUGAGUCCUGAAUUAUCUCUCUGGCAAUUGCCAUAAAGGAUUCUUAGAGGAACUAUUUGAUGGUUAUCCUCUUUGACAUGCAUCUUCACUGCUAUGGAUGCACCAUCUAACAUCUCAAACAUUUCUCUCUGAAAUUCUUAUUAUGACCUCUCAUCCAUGGAUUUAUACCUUUCUUGAAGUUACUGAUACAUUUUGUCUGUAUAUCAUUCUACGAGAACAGAAUAUGCUCACCAUCCUCUCUGUGAAUGAGUUCGUCCUCUUGUUUAGAACUGAACACCAAUGGGCAUCAGAAGUUGCUUCCAAACACUUCCUAAAAUGGAUGCUCUCUUUACAGAACUUAAUGCAAGUAAGAUGACUAUACAUUAGCCAGAUUCUGCCUUUUGGCAAAUUUAACUGGCCAGAUCUGAAACCUCUGUCUAUUCAAUUGAAUCCAAUCUUCGAAGGUUGGGCAUAACACACAUCAGUUCACAGAAAAUGAUUCUCCUAAUUGUCCGUGAAAAGGGCUGACCUAUGCAGGGACCAUUCUCAAAUCACCUGUCUCUCGAUGAUUUGCAUACUGAAGCAUGGAGCCAUAUAUUUAGAAUGAUGAUGUGAAGACCUUCAAGACAAGCAAGUACAUUCUGAAUGAGGCUUUAAAAGGGAUAUGUAGCAUUUUUGCUUUACUAAUUACUGAUUUGGCCAGCAAAGCCAAAGUGGUGCUAUUGUUUGUGUAAGAAAGUACUAAAUAAAAUAGAAAAGAAACCAUAGAAAUAUUUUUUUAAAUAUGAAAAUGACAAUUCUACAAAUAUAGGCUUAUUGAAUAGAAUAAUGUGUAGCCAUCAUCUUUCAACUUUUAACCAUUCACAAGCAGCAAACUGUCCACUAAGCUGCUAGGUUAUAGGGACAACAUUAGGGAGUAGAAUGAAAGUUAGAGUGCCACAUUAUGUUUCAGGUUCUUGAGUUCCCCAAGACUUUCCUAUAGUGUAGUAGAAUAAAGUUCCUAGACUAAGAAUGUGGUACACAAAUGAAGGAACAUAUUCAUUGAUUAAUGGCAGAGCUAAAAUGACGUUUCAAUUAAUUUGUGCAAUCAUGGUAGACUCAAAUGAUCAAAAUGUAGGAGACCUUUAGCGCCGAAAAAGAAAACCAUAAAUGGCCAUCUUUCAAAAUAGUUUUUUGGCCUCUCCCCUUGUGAAAUUCUUUGGCAUUUCUUGGUUGGUUGAAGAUGUUCUUCCUUUCACCAAGCAUCUUGUUGAGCAUUUAGCUUUACUUAUCUAAAGCAAAGUCUCUGCUCUUGUUGGGAUUUGAUGAACAAAGUAGUCCCAAAGUGAGACAGAGGUUAUCUACUGAUAAUGAAAAGAACAACUUACAAGAAAGCAUUGAAAGAAAUGGCUAACAGUCUGUGAAGUUUUUUUUUUAACUUUAUAUAGUCUCUUUGAGCAUCUUCAUGUUCAAAAAUGACUCAGUUCAGUUUUUUUUGGAAUGAGGGAUAGUAAGUUAAACCCAAAUAGAGAUAUCUUUGAAACUUUAGGCUAGAUAGAAAAUGUAUGUUUGACUUGAUGAAGUUAUAAUCAGUCUAUUUAAAACGUUUUAAAGUUAUUUUUUAGUCUUAAAGGAAUUGUACUAAUUUAUUAGAGACAUAUCUAUUCAGCUGGCUCCCCCCUAAGUACACUGCUUCCAUUCAAAUUCAUCCUGCUUCCAUUCAAAUCCAUCUUCCAGGUGCCAAGAUUUCACUCAGACCUCUCCUCUUUUAUGUUUGCAAAUGACCAGUCUAUUCCAAUGCCUCCACAUUUCUGAUUUUAAAAUUGAAGGAUAAUAAUUGGCCACAAAUCCAGAGCCUUUCUUGGUAAAGCUUAUCAAAUCUAUCUAUUUUAAUUGUGGAAAUAUCAUAAAGGAAUUUUUAAGUGCUAAUGUUUAAUCUUACAGUACACAUUUUGCUUGUCACUGUUCUAAUAUUCCGAAAUAGAUUUUCAUGUCAGAUUCCAGAAAAUGAUAUCUAUAUAUAUAAAUUUUUUUCUGUAUGAUUUUUACAAAAAGGAAGUUAGAAUAAAGUUUGAAGCUUGACUGCAUAUAGUACAGUAUAAAGAUACCAGUCUAACAGGGACCAAACCAACAAGGACCUCCCUGGUACUUUCUUUAAAGUUAAGAAGUCUCAUUCCUGUGGGACAGAGGGUGUUGUUUUUCAAUUGUCCUUUUUCUUCCAAUCGAGAUUUUAGUCAUUUUUUCCUUUCUCUUAUUUUAUAAUGCAUUAUUCCAAAUGAGUUAUAGGUAUGUUUUCUUCUCUUUCCAUCCUUCAGUGAUCAUUAUGAUAUUUUUCUUUCUUAAAGGGAAAAGCUCUUUUAUAGUCCAGAUUCUCUCCCUGCUGUGCCGAGAGUCCCAUCAGUUCACUUCAGAUGAUCUGAUUAUUUUUAAAUUGAUGAGAGAUGGAAUAUCUGUUUUUUAAGUCGUUUGAAACCUGUUUUUCUUAUAAAGAAACUUUACCCCAUUGUAAUACUUCGCAUGUUUUCCAGUUAUCACUGCAUAUAUUCUAAAAGUGAAAGAUACUCAGUUUCUUUUGAUCAAACUGCACUGAUGUACAGUAGUUUUAACAUAGGAUAAAGUGGCGACAGAAUGAUCCUGAUUAUUUUAAUUAUCCACCUGGAAUCUCAAGUCCAUUACUCUUUUAAUCUUGUUUUGCUCUGCUAUCUCUGUUCACUUUUUUUGAAUUGUUCCUUAUACAAUAUUUCUGCUGCUAACCACUCUGCAGGGGUGCCUCUCAGCCCUCAAGGUAUUUACUAAUAGUUCUUAUGUGUAUCUGUGUCUUAUCUUUUCACUCUAUUCAGAAUAGGAUUCACAAAAACUUAAUCAAAUCUCAUUUAGCCUGUAUCUAGUUUACACAAGGGCUCCAAACACUGUAUCAAACUUUCAUCGGAAAAGAGGAUGUAAUGAAGUAUGAGAGCCAAGGCUGCAUCACAUAUUGUGCUUCAUUAGUUUGAUCGCUUUUAGGUCAAGUGUGAUAAACAGACCUGCAAACACUGAACACAUUUUUCCUGCCCCAAAAUAAUAGGAGAAUGACUAUUGGAAGUUCACAAUCAUAUCUAUCUUAACCGCAGAAAGUAAUAUUUAAGAAAUUAAUCCUGAGUGUACGUGAUGAAAGAGUAUCGAUCCCAAUGACUUCUAAAAAUGUAACUGAAUGUUCAUCUUUCAUUUAUGGUGUAUUAAGCAAAUUUGGGCAAUGUAUUGAUAGAGGUUCAAAAUAAAGUGGUAUAUCAGUCAUUUCUUUAGUAAUCACUUUAAAAUGAAUCAUGUUUGAUUGAUUAGUCCUUCAGGACAAGGUUGACAUAAUGUGUCAUUUCUUGAGAAAGCUACUGUAAUAUAGCAUAAUUUUCAUUAUUGAGGACUUUGCAACAGAUAUGUAUUUGAAAGCUCUUAUUACACAAGAAAUGAAAGUAAACUGUACACUGAAAUGGAAGUAUAGAAUUUGUCCAAUUGAAAUAUACAAGAUGUAUGACUUAUGUGAUAUAUCGAUUCACAAUAAAGCAAAAUGAAAUAUGUGACACAAAUCAAUGUAAUCAAAAGUGAAUUAUAAUCCAUACUUCAGAGUGAUGUGAAAAAUGUCUUCUUGAUCUGAUCACAUAGUAAAAUACAUGAUCUCUCUAAAGAGUUGUACUCAAAUAUACCUUUUGCAGAAUGUGGUAUUUCUUUCUAUACGGAUAUCAUACAGCCCCUCUGGCUGCUAACUGGAAAGAUGUUGUUAGCAUCAAACCUCAGGAUUACCAUCACAGAAAAACAAAGUGAAAUAUUAAUAAACCUGGAAUUCACUGGGUAAGAACAUACAGUUUUGUUCCAUUUUUUUAAAAAAAAUUAUACCCUUUUUAGGGGUUUAGAAGAAAAUCCAAUUUUAACGUUUGCUUAUAAGGAAAUUCCUGGUCUAUGGGCAAAAGACAAGGGCCCCAUUUACAUUGAUGGCCAUUUUUUUCAUGAAAAAGCCUGAGUUUCUAUGCUACAAGAGCAAAUUUGCCACUAUUAAUGCAACUCUCAAAUUCCCAGUACAAGUAAAUACCUUCACGUAAUUGCAGCUAUGACCUGUUCACUUUAAAUGAUGCGAUCCAUAUUAAAAACCACUAACUAUGCUUAUUAAUUUUGUCUGUGCUUAUUCAUAUUGCAAUGUCAAUACUUGAUGACAAGUAAUAUUUCAUACUGUGUAUGUAACAUCAUUGUGUUGCAGAGAAACCCCAGGAUACCUCAACAGUGUCAUUUGUUGGGCUAUAAUCUCCAUUUGGCUCUUUCAAACCUACUAGGAUUAAAUCACAGGUCAAAGUCAGGAACCCUUUUUGCCAAAACAAUUAAUUGGGGAAACUAUGAAAGUUAAUCGCAAAGAAUCCUGCUUCUUGGCAACAAUGCUAAAUCAACCACCUGUUCUUCUUCUCUCUACAACUUGUCAAAUUCCAUGUUGUUCCAUUAACAUUAGUGAAUCGUGCUUCUAAAGAUUUUUAUAUGCAGGCCCUGAAGUUGGAAGAUCACGCUGACCUAUUUUCAAAUUACAUCUACUUUGCCAACAGAAAAGGGCUUUGUCAUUCUGUGUACGUAACGAUUAACACACCCUUUGGUUUGUAGAAUGUAUGGAAAUGUGUUGCAGCCCUCUUGGUUUCAGGUCCAAAAUGUGAAGCAUUGCUGUGAGAGGGUAUCUUUCUAAUGUAUUUGUAUGUAUAGUUUACACCUCUGUGAGGUCUAAUAAAGAUAAUGGUUAAUAACA